UUUAUAUACUUUAUAAUUUCUUUGUUAAUUUUCUGUCAUGACGUCCUCCUCCACAAAAGCUCUUAGUUCUGUGUUAGAAGACAAAGAAGAAGAUGCAUCGCAGCUACAAUUUCCUCCUGAAUUUGAAAAUGCAGAAACUUUGCUCAACUCGGAAGUUCAUAUGUUACUUGAACAUCGGAAACAACAAAAUGAAAAUGUUGAAGAAGAACAAGAAUUAUCUGAGGUAUUUAUGAAAACACUGAACUACACACAGCGUUUCAGUCGAUUUAAAAAUCGUGAAACAAUAGCAAGUGUUCGCAGCCUGUUACUUCAAAAGAAACUCCAUAAAUUUGAGCUUGCAUCUCUCGCGAACUUGUGUCCUGAAACUGCCGAAGAAGCUAAAGCACUUAUCCCCAGUCUAGAAGGCCGAUUUGAAGAUGAGGAACUACUACAAGUUCUCAAUGAUAUUCAAUUAAAAAGAAGUUUCCAGGCUUGAUGAUGAAUAAACGAAACAAAUUUCAUCGAUUAAGAGCAAAGUGCAGCCUUGCUGGAUUGUUCAGUUCCAGUUCUAAAUGUCUGGGGUUCAAAUUAUAUGAAGGCUGCAUGAAUUUUAAUACUGCAAUCAUUCAAAAACAGCAUGAGUGAUGGUAAAGACAAAAUCAUAGUUUGAAACCGAGUACUGAUGUAUACAAGAGAAGAUUUUUCUCAUACAGGUAAAAUGUUCACAUAACAUAAACUCUAGGGAGGAUGUACUGUACUUAAUAAUGAGAUAUUCUAGGGGUUUUUCUAUUUUUAUAUGAGGUUUUCCUCUUUGCUUCUGAUAUUAAAGAGCAUCUUGGAGCAGAGAUUUUGCAUCCAUUUUAUAAUUGCUUCGCCAAUGCAGAUAUAGAAACCAGCA